AUCCGGGCUUGGGACCGGCAGUAACCCCCGGAGAGACUCCAGGCGGAGAUGAAGUAUCUGCUACAUUAUAAUAAUUAGUGGAAUCAACAUACAGACAAAUCGCUGGUAAGAUUUACCAAUAACUAUCGAAUUGAAACGGGCAAAUGAUUAGUAGUUGACAGAAAAAUAAGGUGUAAAUUAAAUCUGUCUUCAAAUUUAAUCUUUCAUCAUCGAAAUGUUGUUCGAGGAAUAAGCGCAUCGGAAUGCAUGAGUAUUUUGACGAGAUCAAAAUCACGAAUGUUUGACUAACCAAUCACACAUGAGACACGUUAAAAUAAGCAUGCAGACCAGUGACCAGAUACAAUACAGAUACCAGACACAAGCAAGCAGACACAAGCAAGCAGACACAACUAAGCAAACACAACUGACAUUACACACUACACACUACACACACACACACACCACACACCAACAAGCUGAAAACAGUCGACCAAUAGUAAUUCAGUGUAUAGGAUAUACGAUUGGUGGUAGAAAAUUCUCAACGUGUCACCUGUCUGUCUCACACCCUCAUUCAAAAUAUUAUUUAUCUUCAUUUCACAACCACAAAACAGGUUGCUUGAUUAUGAUCAAUACAGCUCGGAAGUUAGCUUGUGCAUCAAGACCACAACCACCACCACCACCACCACCACCACCAUCAACACGGUGGAAACAGACCACAGUCACACGAUACACAAUUGAGGAGUCGAGUGAAUUAACCGAAUUGGUAUUGAGAUAUCGGGAUGUUUGGAAAGACAAGAGUCGUCCAUCUGCUGUUCUUCAGAAACAAUUAUGGAUGCAAUUUGCACGUUACCUACACUCGAAGGGAUGGCCGAGAAGAAAAUGGUUUCAUCUGCGUCGAAAGGGUCUGCACGUGCUGAAGAAACUCAAUAACACGACAAUCAAUCAGUGGGAGGUGUCGAAAAGCAAUCCAAAUUCACCUGAAAAUCACUCCAACCACACGUCACUCUCCAGUUCCAAUGAAAAUCGACACGUGAACGUGAACGGACAAAGUGAUUCGGUGACCGAGGACCAGUCGAGUGUGCAUCAAAUCAACUUGCCUACACUCACCCCCUCACCAGUGAUAACCAUCACCUCCAAACAUCCCACAUCAACACUCAGUCCUCCUACAAACCAUGUGCAACCGAAUACCCCACACACAACUGGUCCAAAAAUCUUGAACGCAUUCUCAACAGCUCACAUGUCUCAACAACUGGUGAUUCCACAUGAUGCUCUAGUGCUGCAACCAACCACCACCAACCUCAACAACAACCACAACAACACGGUUGGUGAGGUGGCGAUUAACACUAACCGAGUCGCGUUACUGACUCCUCUCCAAUGUGUCUCGUUCGGAGUCACGAAAACCCAUACUGCAGACGUAUCUCCUAUUCAAGAAGUGAAUAUCUCGAACUCACCAUCCAACCAAACGAGUCGCAUUCCUCUGACUGCAUCAAUUGAUUUAUCAACGUGUAGUGAGGACGAGGAGAGCUAUCCAGAGUUGAGUGGAACGCGAAAUCAGGCGAACACGAAUCAGGUGAAUGAUUUCGGUGAAAAUGCCAAGGAUUGUAUCACAUCCGAAUGUGAGAGAACCCCAUUGUCAGAGAUGUUGAUUCACAAGCAAAUGAAGUGCCUAGAUCUGAAGAUUGAAAUUCUCCAGAUGAAGAAGCAAUAUUGGUCCGAGAAACUGAACUCAUUAUCGGAAAGCUGA